AUGGCGGUUACUAGGAGUCAAAUUAAGUCGGAUAAGAAGCCCACAAAAAUAAAGUUUCAGGAUGAUGAUGCUAAUUCAACAAUUAACAAUGACUACCAUACAGCAGAGGAAAGUGUUUAUGAUGUAGCAGAAGAAGACAAUGUAGACAUAGAAGAAAUAGACCAAGAUGAAGAUGAAGAUGAUGAUGAUGAUGAUGAUGAAGAUGACGAAGAUGAAGAUUCCGAUGAUGAGGCUCCGGAAGAAGAAUCAAUUAAAGUAUCCGAAAAGCAACUAGAAGAAAAGAGAAGGAAACAAAAAGAAGAAGAUGCAGCUAUUAGGCGUGCCGAAAGAGAAAGAAGACGAGAGAUAGACUUGAAAAACAAACAUCAACAAGAAUUGAAAAAACUUAAAGAAUCCAAAUCACAACAACUAGAAUCUCUUCCCGAAUUUUUGCCUGAAGAAUUAAUUGAACAAACCAUACAAACAAAUAUUCCAACUUCGACUGCAAAGCAUCUAAGAACCCAAGAUUUUGAAGAGAUAGAUGAAAAACUAUUACGUCAACAGGCCAUGAAAGAUAAGUUAAAAAGAUUAAAAUUAGCUAGUAAGACAUCCAUUGUUAAUGGACCAGUUCAUGUUAAAGUACAAUCAUUUGAUUCAAAAACCAAGUACGUGCCCAAAUCGGAAUCUAAAAUUUUGAAAUCAAGAGAUAAGUGGUUAAAACGUAAAUCGUUGAAUAAGAAAUAG